AUGGCAGAGCAGAGAGCACAAGAUGUGGUAAACCAAACUCUGUCGGUCGGCGACCUCUCGCCCUCCGACGCACCUGAGACCACAUCCACACCUGAGAUCAAACUUUCUGGGGACGAUACUGCUGUUGUAGAGGUUGCACCUAAAGAGAAUGGAAUCCAUAUGCCCUUUAAGAUGGACGAAAUCGACGAUGUCUCUGCCCGAUCAGACACAGACACCAGCCGCGCAGAUGGCAGUGUCGCCGGUGACAAGCCUACUGAGCACAAACCUUUGAAGAAGUUGGUCGCCAAACCCGUCAGCUUUGCCAAAUAUUCUGUUCCUAAAGUCAUUGCGGACAGUUCUACGGCCAAAGGCACUGACAAAGCUACACCUCCGAAUUCCUUGUCUUCCUCUACUCCACCCGCUGGCCGUCCGCGUCUAGUCGCUAAGACGACAAGUUCUCUCCAAUCAAAGACCAAAUCUUUCAAAACUGCUGCGCCUGAUCCCAUGCAGGUCUGGAACAAGAACCGAGUCACCCCCCAACCAUCGACGAAGCAUUUGACCGACGAAGAGCUUAAGCAGCAAUAUGGCAUUCAUCUGACAUCGCGCAUACAGGAGGAUGGAGACGGCAAAGAGGCAAAAUGGGCAGAUAUUGACGAUGAUGAGGACGAUUGGGCACCGGAAACGAUUGAGUGGAAUGAUGGUACCAAGAGCACCCUCACUCCUGCCGAAAUUGCUCCUCCCCCAACCCAGAAGCCUGUGCCAUCUGCUGAUACGAACGACGAAUCCCAACCUGCACAAACCCACAAAAUUCUACCUCCACAGUUCACCAGUUCUGUUGGUCCAAAUGCCACCGUCUUGAAAUUGGGUGCCAACGCUGAAAGGCAGCAAGCACAGAAAGCGGCAACUCUUCUGUCGAGGAGCCCCUCCGACAAACCCAGCCUGAUGAACCCGAAAGCGAACCAUGCACCAGCCCCUUCUAAAUCACCGUGGGCGCCAUUACCACCUGUAGACAAAGUCUCACCAGUCGCUAUUAACCCACCGCUGUCUAUGCCACCUUCGAAUCGGCUCCCUCAAAGCACUGUCAAUUCCCAAAGUCCCUCGGCUCUCUCAGGACCAUCCCAAGCUAAGGAAAUUUCGGCAGACGACUUCAAUCGAUCAUGGAGGGAGACUUCGCCUGGACAGACACGUGAGCUGUACAUGCCAAGUUCUGGGAAAUACGAGGCGGUUCCUGAAAGUCGAAGACGCAUGUCGAGGAACGAUCAGAACUUCCGUGCUGCUGCUGUAUUACAGCGGCCCAGUCAUACUGACGUGCACGCCCCUGCUGAACCCUCAGCAGCUUUCCAGACCAACAGGACAAGCAUGGACUCUGCAAGACGAAGGGCUUCUUCCACCAUUUCCGGGGGUAGCGGGCAGUUCGGGCGACGAAUGUCGAUCAAGUCUAGUGAACAUGCCACCCCCGUCUUCGAUACUCAUAAGAUGGCAAUCGAAGUUGACACAGCGCCACUGUCAGCGGAUGGGACUAUAUCAAACACUCAGACCCCUACCUACCAAGCCCGAGGAACGAACGAUUACAUUUCUGUAGGGCCUGUGUCAGCAACCGAAGGAGACAUCGAAGCACAGCGAACACAGCAGAGAGCUCUCAUGAAAGAGAAUAUUGAACGUGCAAGAAAACGCAAAAUUGAGGAAGAGCAACGGAUGGAAGCUGAGAAGCAAGAACGAAUUCGAGCUAAGUUGGCCUCCCUUGGCCCCACUACCACCACAAGCAAACCGGAUGAACACGUCCAUGAUAGCGUGCCCAAGAAGAUUCCCGAGCAGGCCCUGGCUGCUUCUGCAAAUCCAUUGACAACAACACAAUCUCCACCAAAGCCACCGCAACCACUUGCUUCUGGAGAGCCACAGCAAUACGGCAUGAUGAAGGUAUUUCCACUUGAUUCAAUAAAGAAGCUUGGAACGUCAUUGUCUCGUCCUGUGGAUUCUCAGAAGACAAUGCCGCCAGCAAGAGUUGAGUCCAAAGAGCCACCAGUGGAAGAACAUCAAGAUCCAUCCCCUAUUGUCAAUGGUGCUAGAACGGUUCCCGAUACACGGCAUCCAAGUAACCAGGACGUUGUUAGCCCGCCUGAGCCUAGUCCGAAAUUUCCAAAGCAUACUUCUGGGAGUGAUGCACGCAGCGGCUGGAAUGACUUGCGUCACGACCACCGGGGUCCACAGACAAGCAACCUUUGGGGGGUACCGAAUUUAAACAAUAAAGCCCUCGGCAACGGAACCUUUGAUCAAACCCUAGCAGGCUACGCACCUCAAGAUCUAUCGCGCACGUCCUCUACCGCGCAAGGCUGGAUGAAUGGCAGAACUCCCCAUGCCGGACGCUCACCUCAAACACAACAUGUGAAUCACGCAAUUCCAGACUCUCGUUCAUAUUCAUUUCAAUCUGUCACCUCCCCUGAUCAAGGUCCGCUUGCUGUAGAUAGCGAGAUUGAUUCUUUAUUUCCCACAACAAAACCUACGCCGAUUGCUCCUCCUCAAUCACAGCACGUUCAGCCACCAAUGAACGGGUAUCAGAACGGGUCAAAACCCACAGGCUUAGAGGCAUGGGGCAAUUUUCACGCCGUUGCUGGCCAGCAAGAAAGAGCUGAGAGCGAAAAAAUCCAACGAGAAAUUGCUGCUCGCCGUGAGGAAGAACUACGCACUGGAGUUCGUCAAGGGCCCCAAUAUACUUUCAAUGAAACCUGGAAGCAAGUUCACGUCGGUGAUCAGGCGGGGCAGCGUCACCUGGCCAAUGUUUCUCAAACAACUGUACCGCCGUCCACUGUCUUUGGCGCGGUCGGAUCGCUGUCCAACACCGACACUCUUCCAAGAAUAGGAGCUGGCCAAGCUGGUCGUGGAUCUCGAUUUUUCCCGCAGCAAUCUGGUAAUCAACCACAAGAUCGACGCGCAUUUACCUACAGUCAUCCUGAGCCGCCCCGGACGCCAUCACCUCCACCAGCCGAAGAAUACGCCAGUCUUCAUCCUGCAUUCGAUGGAGAUUUUGCAAGGCCUGUUGUACACUUUCCUCGAGAGAAGGCUGUGGUCAAGCUUCCACCAGCGAUGCCACCAACUCCUCCAAGCCCAGUCCAAGUUCAACCCGAAGUAUCAUCUCAGCCAGAGUCGCAUGGUCCAUUGACAUGGGCAGCUAGAGUCUCCAUGCCGCCACCUGCACCUGCAGCUGCCACUCCAAUGCGGUCAGUGUCGACCCCCAUUGUUCAAAACGCUUCUUGGCAAGAGCGAUUUAACGGAUUGCUGGGGAGGAAGUCCUCUCCUGCCAAGGACGCGGCACGACUCGUGGGGCCUGCGCUUGCUGUUGCAUCUUCUACCAAAGAACCUCUUGAUGUACAACAUGCCUCAAUUCCGGCAGCAUCCGUCUCCCUUCCAAUCCACAUUGAGGUGGAGGCAGAUUUCGCCUUUGAGGAUGAAUCGGUCAUCACCAAAGAUGUCGAGAGUGAGGAUGAUCUAUUCGAAGAUCGAGAACCAGGCUCGUUACCUGCCAUCAAUUUCCCUCGAGAUGCAUUGUUACACACUCAAUUUGUCUCGACAACGACAUCGAGAAUUCCACCACUUCCUGUCGAACCCACAUCCACCGCCCCUUUCAUGGUGAGCAAUCUUUUCGAACGUCAUAAUGGUCCACAGAAAUCUCAGUUCGCUAUUAUCCGAAUGCCGGGUUCGCUCAAAUCCACCAAGAAGGAUAUUCCGUCGAAGGCAGGACCCUUGUCGAACCCCGGACCGCGUCAACGAUUUGGUAGUGGACCUCCCAGCUCAAGUGGUUCAUACAGCGGUCGAAAUCCUCGCCACCGAGCCAAUCCCCGAUCUCGUCAGACGUCCAAGGCACACUAG